GCAUCCCAGCGCUGCAGAGUCGGUGACACAGUGCCGUCCAGCAUCCGACACGCAGUUUACCAACGGCACCAAAGAGGAGCGACUCUGGCGAGCGUUCUUCAAGCGUUAGACAAACUUCAGACGAAAGGUCUCUCGUUCAGAAGAGGUUUCUAAAACAGCUGCAGCCUGAGGAAGGGCCAGAUGUCCACCUAGCAUCUCGUGCCACCUUCUUGCGUCGAGAUCCACCUCUUGCAACUCGUGUUUAACUUGGAAACUCAGGAACUUUUGGAGACACUUGGACUUUUCGAGGGAGGUCUCUCACUGCUCUCCACACUGCUACAGCAGAGCGUGUGUGUGAAGUGAGUGUGUGUGUUGGGUCGUUUCUGACCUUUCCUCCUCUUCGUGAAACAUGCAUCACGAGCCUCUGCUCGCCCUGUUGCUGCUGCACUUCCCCGCGCUGCUGCGCGCGCUCGCGGCCUACGAGUGCACGCCGUGCGCGCGUCGCACGUGCCCGAGCGCGGUGGCGACGGCGGCGGGAGCGCGCGCUUGUGAGGACGGCCGCGCGCUUGCUCGCGACCCGUGCGGCUGCUGCGCGCCUCAGUGCACGCGCCUCGAGCUGGAGCUGUGCGGGGGGAGAGACUGGACACUAGGCUACUGCGGCCUGGGACUCACGUGCGCCGCGCUCAACCGCACCGGAGCCGUAAACAUCCCCGAGAUAGGAGUGUGUAAAGGGCUCCUCGACGCCGCAGAUGCUGGUGCAGAGGAUGUGCGUUGCCCCCUGGUGAGCGGGUGUGACCGUGUGAGUGGCGAGUGUGUAUGCGACACCGUACGCUCCUGCAUCAGGACGUUCAGUUACCCGAAUAAAGAGUUGUGUGGCCGUGCUGCGAAGACAGAGGCUCGGCGGCAUGAGCAGGAGCACAGGGAGAGACACAGGGAGAGGUUUGUGGGUCCUGUUAACCCAGCCUGCGUGUUCUCUGGCUGUAACCUGACCACAAAGGGCUGUGAGUGCACCUCCCAAAGCUGCCACCCCUACUUCACCUAUGCCAACCGCAGCCAGUGCCAGCAAGCAGCAGAGGAGCUGAAAUGUGCUGGGAUUACUUGCCCGACUCUACCAAUGACUGACUGCCCGCAUGACUCAGUUCUGACCCAUAGCUACACGCCCCCUGGAGGCUGCUGCCGCACAGUGCCACCUCAGUGCACCUGUGGCGGGUGCUCACCCCAGCCAGAAUGUCCCAGUGGACACAGGGCAGUGGUCGUUAGUGAGGCUACUGGUGCACCGGGCAACUGCUGCCACACCUAUGACUGCCAGAGAGUUUCCCCCAAGUGUGUGCACAACGAGAAGCAGUUUGCUGAGGGUGAGGUGUACCGCAUGGAUCCGUGCUGGCUCUGCCAGUGUCGAGGGGGCAUCUCCUUUUGUUCCAAGGCUGAGUGUGCUGAGCUGGACUGUGAUAACUUCUACAUCCCAGAAGGAGAAUGCUGCCCAGUAUGCAUAGAUGUGGAACUGUUAUCAGUGGACAGCACGAAGGCCAGCUGCUGGGUGAACCACAAGCUGCGUCAGCAUGAGGAGCAGUGGAAGGAGGAUGACUGCACAUUCUGCCAGUGCGUGGAUGGAGAACCCCACUGCACAGCCAUGGCCUGCAAGCAGAGUUGCCAGAACCCAGUUAAAAUCCCAGGAGAGUGCUGCCCUUUCUGUGAAGAGCCUUCGUAUGAGACAGUGAGCCCCUUACUGUGCCCCCCACUGGAAAACUGCUCCCUGUCAGGACAAGACUGCCCAUUUGGCUUUCAGCAGGACCACAAUGGCUGUCUACUGUGUCAGUGUCUUGGCAAUGACUCCUGCCCUGAAUUGUCCAAGUAUUGCAACCUGCAAUGCCCCAUGGGAUAUGAGAAGGAUGACUUUGGCUGUGAAGUGUGUGAGUGCAGCAUCCCGUCCAAGUGUAAACCUCUAACCUGCAGCAAGACCUGCCCUCAUGGAUAUAUGAGGAACAAGCUUGGCUGCGAGAUGUGUCGCUGCAUUAAGUGUCCGCCCUUUACAUGUGACAAGCAGUGCAGUGAUGGCUACAAGCAGAACAGGAAGGGCUGCAGUGUAUGCCUCUGCAAAGAGAGUGAGCAUGCUGUUAGCACUACCAUUCCUCCUCCACUGCCAAGCUACUGCUUGACCGCAAAUGGCCUGCGCUUUGAGGAAGGCGAGGGUUGGCACGAUGGCUGCAGAGACUGUUACUGCCACGCUGGCCGUGAGAUGUGUGUUCUCAUAUCUUGCCCGGUGCCCACCUGCAGACAGCCUGUGCUCAGGCCACACCAGUGCUGUCCCACCUGUGAUGAUGAGUCAGGCAGUGGCCAGCCAGAUGGAAUGGACAUGGUGGUGUGUCGUGCACCUGGAGGAGAUCUUUACGUUGAGGGUGAAACGUGGAAUCUGGACAGAUGCACUCGCUGUACCUGCAGGCAGGGUCGGGUGCUAUGUGAUACAGAAGCAUGUCCACCUACCCUCUGCCAGACACCGAUCAGGAGCAAGGACACCUGCUGUUACGUCUGCCCAGAGGACACGCUCAGCUCCCUGCUUCCUCUCAACAGCAGCCAGCGAGAGUACUGUAUCUCCAGUGAUGGAGACGUCCUACUGGCUGGUGAUUCAUGGAAGCCUAACGCCUGUACCAGCUGUAUCUGCAACAAUGGGACUGUUCAGUGCUUCUCCCAGCGAUGCCCUGCUGCCAACUGCAGAGUUCCAGUUCUGCGCAAAGGCCAGUGCUGUCCACACUGCCUGGAGGUCACGACAACCUCAGUGCCGAUAAUGAUGUCGACCACAACAGCCAAGCCCAAGGCCAAUAUCACCGCUACCACUGCUGCAAGUGAAACUGAUUGGAUCACCAUGCAUACAGUGCCUCCUGUUGUUGCAAUCACAGAUGAUCGGAAUCUGAGCGAGGACAUUCCAAGCCAGACAGAAAUGUCCCUCAUCUACCAAUCAGCAGCCUGGAUUCUUGCUGGCCUCCUCUUGGCUAUAGUUAUUUUCCUCAUUGUGGCCAUUCUCAUCAACAAGAAGAAGAAGUGGGUUCAGAUGUCCUGCUACAGUGCGCCCAAAAAGACCGUGAUCCUGAAGAAGCACGUGAACAAGAACUCUGUUGUGUACAUGGAGCCAUCCAAGGAGAACAAGUUCCAGAGCGUGAAGAACGACUGUGGUAUGACCUUCUCCCCAGACGUGAGCUCGCCCUGCGGGGAGCGGAUCAGCAUCCCGCGGGCCAAGCUCAGCAAUGGACACACGAGGGUCCAGCGCUAAUAUCUCAGAGGUCAACUGGCAGGACUACAGGAUGUUUCCUUUCAUCUCCCCUCCAUUUCACAUACAUUCAAGAGAGAAACUCUCACCACAUGCUGAGGAUUCUUCUGCCGGCUGUCGAUUCACAAAACUCUUUGGUCUCCCGUGGAGGAAAGACGUAUUGUGAAAUUUGUGAUCUCAUUUUAUUACAUUGUGUAUUGUUUUGUUUUUUUGCCUUUUAUACCAUGUUGGGAGCUUUAAAGACUCUACAUUGCUGUCUCAGGAGCAGUGAAGAGGGGAACCGUACCUUCAUGGACAUGGACGAUCCUUCCACGCCAUAUCAGUCCAUGCUGGAUAGAUGGCAUAAAGCUUAGGAACUUUUGACUAUGACUGAAUCACAGAUUACUGCCUCUUUAAAGACAGUUACAUUUAUUUUAAGGACAUACCAUCACAAAUGCUUUAGGUCAGGAGAUCUGCUUCAAGAGGUUUUUUGUUUUUAAGU